AUGUCAUCGGAUCAAGAAAAGGUCGACGUCCUCAUCUGUGGCUCCGGUUCGGCCGGUCUCUGCGCCGCCGUCUGGCUCGCCCGCUUCGGUAUCAACUACAAGGUCCUCGAGCGCCGUGAUGGGCCCCUCAGGAUCGGCCAGGCCGAUGGUGUCCAGACUCGCACCGUUGAGAUCUUUGACAGCUUUGGCAUCGGCGAGGAAAUGGUAAAGGAAGCCUACCAUGUUCUUGAACUUGCUUUCUGGGCGCAAAACAUCGAGGGCGGAAGCAAGGACAACAUCAAGAGGACACGCUACGCUCCCGACAAGGAGACCGAAAUCAGCCACCAGCCACACGUCAUCCUCAAUCAAGCCCGUCUCAACGAGUUGAUGAUCAGCCAACUUGGACCUCAGCCACCCAUCCAGUACAGCACUGAAGUCAAGGGCGUCCAAGUCGAUGAGUCCGUCAACAUCACCGACCUUUCCUCCUACCCUGUCCGCGUCGACGCCGUCACAGCCGAUGGCAUCGCCAAGACCUACCGCGCCAAGUACGUUCUAGGCUGCGACGGCGCUCACUCCGUCAUCCGCAAGUCCCUUGGGUUCAAGAUGGUCGGCGACAGCACCGAUGCCGUCUGGGGCGUCAUGGACAUCUACCCGCGCACCAACUUUCCUGAUAUCCGCAAGAAGACGGCCAUCAACUCGUCGGUGGGCAACCUCUUGAUCAUCCCGCGCGAGGGCGAUGCCAUGGUGCGCUUCUACAUUGAACUGCCGGCGGGGACAAAGGCGAGCAACGUCACGCUAGAAGACCUCCAGAACCACGCUCGCCUGAUUUUUCGCCCUUACGAGAUGGACUUUGCCGAUACCUUCUGGUGGUCCGCCUACGCAAUCGGUCAGCGAAGAGCCGAUUACUUCCACAAGAACCACCGCGUCUUCCUCACAGGCGACGCAUGCCACACGCAUUCGCCCAAGGCCGGACAGGGCAUGAAUGUCAGUUUGCAGGAUGGCCACAACAUUGGCUGGAAGCUGGGCAUGAUUCUCAAGGGACUGGGAAAGCCCAAGCCGUUGUUGGAGUCGUAUGUGAUUGAGCGCGAGAAGACGGCGACGGAGCUGAUUGAGUUUGAUCGCGGGUUCACGAAGCUGUUCAAUUCCAAGUAUAGGGAGGAGCAUGGCGUCAGCCAAGACCAGUUUGCUGAAAUGUUUGUCCAGGCGGGGAGGUACACGGCCGGACAGGCGAUUCAGUAUGAUGCUUCGGGGGUGGUGGAGGUGGGGGAGCGGGAUAAGGAGGUUGUGAGGAAUGUGACGGUGGGCAUGAGGUUCCCGACUGCGCAGGUGGUGAGGUUUUGCGAUGCCAAGGCGAUGCAGUUGGUCAAGGGGCUGCCGGCGGAUGGGCAGUGGUAUGUUGUGGUGUUUGCGGGGGAUUUUCCGGAGGAGGAGAACAAGGCAAGGCUUGAGAAGGUCUCGCAAGCCCUCGACAACAUUGUCAAGCGUUUCACUCCUGCCGGCGCUUACUCGGACAGCGUCAUUGAUCGCGUGCUUGUGAUCUCCGGUGACAGGAAGAAGGUCGAGCAGGAACAGAUCCCAGAGUUCUUCACUCCCGUAACAGGGAAGUGGCAGCAGAAAUGUCUGUUCAAGGUGUAUGCUGAUGAUGAGAGCUACAACACUGGACAUGGCCAUGCCUAUGAAGCCUACGGCAUUGAUCCAGCAAAGGGAGCCUUGGUCAUUGUUAGGCCGGAUCACUACGUGGCAAAGGUCUCGGCACUGGAUGACAACCUCGAGCAGUCAACACAGCAGUUCUUUGAGGGCUUCUUGUUGCCACUAGCUUAGUAUGGGUGUCAACUUCCAAGCAAGUGGAUGUAGGAUACGGAAGAGCAUGGAGUUGAGGUUCAACACUUGGAAUAUCAAUUUCGUCAAACUAAUCAAAAGAGCAUAGGU